UGCGGCGCCCGCUUGGCUGUGCUGGGUCUGGGUCUGGUUGGGGAGGCUUCCGAAUCCCGUGCCCGGGAACCCAGCGGGAACCGGAGGAGGAAGAGGAGCCCGCCUUGGAGGCCCCAGCUCCCGGGGAGAUGCAGAGCGUCCGGCCUGAGCAGAUUCGGGGGCUGCUGGCGCCCGAGGGGGCCCAGACGCUGCUGCCCCGGGAGAGCAGGGCCUGGGAGAAGCGCGCCGCCUCCACCGAAGACUGGGUGGCCGUGGAGGUCGGGGCCACCAGCCGUGGCGGUGACGAGAAAGGUCGGUCCCGCCAAGAGCCCGGGGGGGCCCCGGAGUGGACCUCGGCGGCGGCGGAGGUCGACGAGGAGCCCGAGGAUUCGCAGGGCUUUGUGGAGUGGUCAAAAGCCCCACAACAAACCACCAUAGUCUUGGUGGUGUGUGUCCUGUUUUUGUUCCUGGUGUUAACAGGGAUGCCUAUGAUGUUUCACAUAUAACGGCGGCCAUUGCUUUGAAAUGAAUGACCUGUUUCUUCUUAAGGAAAUGUCUCGGGUAAAAAAUCAGGAACAGGUAUUGAAUAUUAGCAAAUGCCUUUUGAGCCUCCAUCAAGAUGAUUUUUUUUCUUGGCAUUUAACUUUUGGUAGGAGGUUUUGCAUCACUGUAUUUCGUUGAACUUAAGACAUCACUGACUGUAAACACGUAUUACUUUAUAUACCACUGAGAGAGAAGGAACAUGCUACUUAAUUGUAAGAUGCCACCAAUUAGACAAUGAAAGAACCUGCAAUUCAGGAUGGAUGAAAUCUGGUAGGUUUCUUAAUAUCAAAUCCGCUUUAUAUUCGUAGGGUUGUGGCACACUAGCUCUUUUCAGGUACUGGAGUCCAUUUCUUGAUAUUUUAUGUAAGAUCGGCGCUGUGUCUGUCAGGUUUCGGUAACACGGAUAGGCAUCAUAGAAGGACGUAACCUUUAUUGUUUUCUAAGCCUUAGAAUAGUUUCUGUAGCUUAGGAAGUACCACUUCCUUGAUAUGUCAAAGGAAUUCACCAGUAAGGCAGUCCGGGCCUAGAGCUAAGGAGAGGAAGUUUCUGCUAAAUUCUUGGGUGGCUUUCUCAGUUUCUUCUCAUGUUAUCAGUUUAUCAAUACUUUUCAUUAAUUUUGAUAACUUAUAGCAUUUUUUAUGUCCUAGAAAAUUCUCCAUUCCAUUGAACCUUUCAGAUUAUUAGCUCAGUUAUAAAUACUAUUCUGUAAUUAAAUGAAAAUCUUCUCUUUAUUUUGCUCUGUCUCCUUCCUUUCAACAUCUGCUUAUGGUUUACCAUUAGAUUUGUCAAAGUUUUAUCUAGUUUACUAUGAGUUUUCCAAAGCACUAGCAUUACUAUUUAUAUCUGCAUUUCUCUAGUUUGUAAUUUGUUUUCCAUUAAUAAGUACUGGGUUCACUUUUUAUUAUUUCUAUUCCUUGCCUGUUUUUAUGUAGAAUAAUCAAUUCAUUUUUUUUUUUUUUUUACAAAAUGAUUUGCUAAUGUCGUAUACUUCAUAAUAAAUACCCUUCUGAUUAUAGCCUUGGCCACAUUUUAAUUUGAUAAUUUGUGUUCUUGUUUGUUACCUAAAUGUUAUAUUGUAGUGUUUCUAAAGAGUGCUCUGAAACUUGGUGAUUAGGUUUAUUUAAAAAUAGUUUUGAUUUACUGCACUGUCAACAAAGAAUGUGGCCUCUAAUAUCUGCUUUCAAAAGCUUUUUAAAAGCUUUUAUUGUGGCCUAAAACAUGUCCAGGGUUUGCAUGUGUCUCACGGACAUGUAAGACGAAUGUGUAUUUUCAGUCCGUGGAACACAGAACUCUACGUGUCUGUUAACCCCAGUCUUACAUUGUUUAGAUUCAGGUGUUAAUUUUGGCUCACCUUCUGUAAAAAACCAGUAAGGUUAUGUGAAAAUUUGUUAGUAGGACUGUGUUUGUCAAUAUAUUUUUAUAAACUUUGCUUUAUGUAUUCAGCCGUGUAAUUUGACGCAUAAAAGGUACAGCACUGAUGUCUUUGCCAAUUAAAUAAUAUACAUAAAACACCAAGCACAAUACCAGGCAUUAGUAGCCAUGCAAUAAAUCUUCGUUCAAACCUGA